AAUGAAGAGCGAGCGAGCAUUCGACAGGCCGAUACCGGGAAGAGAAAAAGCAUUUGCUCGUCGAGCAACAUUUCGAAGAGACGUUUCGGCCGAGGCGGAUGCUGCCGGACCUCUUCCUGUCGAUUCUUCUGUUGCGGCAGCUGUUAAGUUGGCCAUCCUGUAUAUAAGAUCGGAGUCAGGGCGUCAUUUUGACGCCAUUUUUCUCAACGUUCUGUACAUCGCAAAACGCGCGUACGCACGCACUCGUAGCACUGUCUAACGAAUACUGCGCCGCCGCUGUCCUAUCGUCAUUGGCUUGCGCAUGCGCAAGCCAAACUUAUUAGGCCUGUAUGGCUUUUUCGUGAGUAAGGGAUGUGUCGAUUGUUCGAAAUGAGGUGGACGGCUUCACUGAAUAAUUGGCUAUUUGCAUACUAGGCUAUAAUAUCUUGAAAUGACAAGUUUCGUUAGAUUUACGCAAAAUGUAAAUUUGAAAAGACGCCCAGACCCCCUUCAGCUGUUGUUCCAUGCUUUUACAAAGCGAAUAUA